ACACGGUUCGCGAAGCGUACACACACUUCGUGACUUGUUUCCGUGAGCGAUCGACAGGAGGACAUGGCGGAGGAAGCGGCGGCGGCGUCGUCGGCGGCGGAGGGGAGGAUGACGAUGGUGGUAGGGGUGGACGAGAGCGAGCACAGCUACUACGCGCUGCAGUGGACGCUGCGCCACUUCUUCGCCGCCGCCGCCGGCCAGCCGCCGCAGUACCGCCUCGUCGUCGUCAACGCCAAGCCCACCGCCGCCUCCGCCGUCGGCCUCGCCGGCCCAGGUACGCGCGGCGCCGCGGAUGUGCUGCCGUUCGUGGAGGCGGACCUGAAGAAGAGCUCCAUGCGCGUCAUCGAGAAGGCCAGGGAGCUCUGCGCCCAGGUGAGUGAUGCUCUGUUUGAAGUGCUGGAAGGGGAUGCCAGGAAUGUUCUUUGUGAGUCUGUUGAGAGGCAUCAGGCGGAGAUGUUGGUUGUCGGAAGCCAUGGCUAUGGAGCAAUUAAACGAGCUGUUCUUGGAAGCGUGAGUGACUACUGUUCUCAUCAUGCGCACUGCACCGUGAUGAUAGUAAAAAAGCCGAAGCACAAGCACUGAGUCCAUGAGCGGCGGCCCCAGCCUGGACUGAACAGUAUCAUUCAUGUAUAUAUCUACCACCAAAUUGUGAACGUAUCUGUGUGAAUAAAUUGUCAUUGUAUUGACACUUCUAGUCAGCUUCAGCAUGAAGGCAUGUACCAUAUAGCAUGCACUGUAUAUCCUUCUACCUCUUGGAUCCUGGAUCGAGAAGGUAAAUAAUUUAUGUUUGAUAUCUUAAAACAGUGCGUGUUAAUAUUCAUGCGAAAAAUAUUUCAUGUCUAUUACACAUAUGCAUCGUCAAGAUAUUGCAAGUUCUAUUGAUCUGGAA